AUGAGCAAGAGGAAGAAGGAGCCCAGCCCAGCAGCASACGGGGAGGGCCAGGUUCCCAAAAUGAGAAGGAGUUUCGAGGAGGACCCUGAGGUGCCAGACGGUUCGGGACGGGCCCAAAGCACCGAUUCCCAAGGGAAGCCGCAGCCAAGCGCCGGAGGGCCGGAGCAGCCGGGCGAGGAGGACGGGGAAGGGCAGGCGGCCAACUCGCCAGGCAGUUCAGGAGGAGGGAGGACGGCUCCGGAGCGAAGGCAGCCCAAGCAGGUCACCACGGUCGCUCUGUCUCAGAAUUCAGCAGGGAAAUUCGUGCCAGUCUUCACGAAGCCGAAGGAGAAUCCGGCGGAGAGGCGGAAGCGAAACCAUACGCCAAGGAGGCAAAGGGAGCAGGACGGAACAGACUGCAGUCCCCAAAACACGGAUUCCAGCCCCGAACGGAGGUCAUCAGAGGCAGCGACCCAGGACGAGAGGCCUCAGGCAGAGGCACCCGAGCAGCUAAAUGGCAUCAGGGUCCCAGGAGAAGAGGAUCCUGCGACUCCAGAGCACCGGGGGCAAUUCCAGAGCGCUCCGGAGCCGGAUAACCCACAGACUUGCCCCCAAACGGGGAAGAGCAGCCGCCGUCCUGAGGGUGAGCUAGCUCUGCCGGAACAGCGAGGAGAGGAGCCGGAAUUCCAAAGCGAUCCCCGCUCCCAAGGCGAAGCCAGUGAGAAAACCUCGCUGCCUGAAGCCCCGUCUGAAUUUCCGGAUAUUCCGGAUGAGAGUUGCCAGGAUAGGGGCCUCUCCACGGAGGGGCAGGAGCAUCGCUGCGGGAUGGGAAUAAACGGGAAUGCCGCAGGCGACGACGRUGACACGGAGCCACCGUGCGUGUCCGGUGGGGCCGCGGAGCAGAACGGAGCUGCUGCUCCACAGGACCGGGUCGGGGAAGGAAACGGCCGAGAUGCCGGCGGGGAAGCGCCAAGCGAGGCCAGAACGGGAGGUGAAGAUGGAGCCGUGGAAAACGGCACGGGAUCAUCGGGAAGCACCGCUGCAGCCCAGGACUGCCCCGCUCYGGAGGAGGGCGAAGAGCGGAGCGGUGCCGGCAGCGCCUCCGGAGCGGAUCCAGGCGCCCGCGGCCUGGCUGCCGCCACGGAGAUGGAUGUGGAGGCAGCUCCUUCCCCGCUUCCCACCGAUGCCAACAACGGCUCUUCCGCCACCCAAACCGAGUCCGGCUCCGAGGAGGGACAAAAAUCCCUGGAAAAGACCAGCCCGGUCGCCGACAUCGCUGCCCUGGAUCAGCAGCAGCCCAGUGCCACGGCAUCGGAGGCGCUUCCCACUGCUUCCCAGCAGGAAGAUGCCACGGACGUCAUCUGCGGCCUCAUCGCGGAGCUCUCCAAGCUCAACCGCCUGAUAAUGAGCGCGCACCGGGAUCUGGAGUCCCUGAAGAGGCUGAAAUACCGGAAAAGCCGAAGAUCCGGGAAGUUUCCAGCGCCCAGGGGGGCACUCGCCAACCCCAGUCCUGGCAGGAAAUGGAAGGACACGUAG